GAUUAUUUUUCAUGUAAAUCGAAACUGGAGUUGCGUCUUAUUUUUCAUGCUCUAAAGUUCAAACCAAGAAAUGACUGAGGGUGCCACCAAGGAAGAAAGAGAGGCUAAGAUAGCAACGCAAUCCUUGAAAUCUGCUGAAGAAUGUUGGACUAGCCAGAACUACGGACGAGCAUUUGCGCACUUUCUAUUGGUUUUAAAACUGGAUCCAGAUAAGAAGUCGGAAAUCAAGUCCAAGUUCUGCAUAGCAUUUCAAGAAUGGUGCAGGGAUCUUGAGUCACAGUCUCGGACAGAGGACCUGUUCCUGUGUUAUGAGCAGGCAUGUGAGUUGUUCCCUGAGUGUGAGUCUGUCAUGAACUCAAUGGGAACACAGUUAUUCAGGCUUGGUUAUGUAGAUGAAGCCGCCUCUUGUUUCCGACGAGCUUUAAGAAUCGACCCAGAUUUCCUCGGCGCUCGCGAGAACCUUGAAAACGUUUGCAGUCAUCUCGUGGAACGCUGGCACUUCCGGAUGCUAAAUGAUAUCACGAGGAAUGAGAGCUUUAAGAAUUCAAUCCAGAGAGCUGUUGAUCAUGGCUGGAGUAGGGUCCUGGACAUCGGGGCUGGGACUGGGUUAUUGAGUAUGUUCUCUGUCCAGUCUGGUGCCGAUGUCACCUAUGCCUGUGAGAUGUCUAAACCCAUGUAUGAACUAGCUAAGGAUGUGUUAGCAGCCAACGGUAUGGGAGAGUCUGUCAACUUGUUCCACAAGAAGUCUACAGACCUGAAAGUUGGACAGGAUCUUGACUCGAGAGUUGAUCUUGUCGUGACGGAGACAGUGGACGCAGGAUUACUUGGUGAGCACAUCGUCCCCACAAUCCUGCACGCCUGGUCAGAGCUCCUGCAGCCUGCGGGACAAGUGAUACCAGCUGGCGCUACCGUUUAUGCGUGUGGGAUUGAGAGCAAAGCUAUCAGGAACCAGAAUAGGUUAUUAUACUCGGGUAUCCGCCAUCUUGAUCUCAGUUCCUUGGCGAUCGUCUGUGCGACGGGUCAUGAUGAAGUGGUGCAGGACCCGUACACGACAGAGAAACUCGCCAUGGUCCGAUCAGGGUACAAACAGCUUACUGCCGCCCAUAAAAUCCUCGAGCUUGAUUUCAACUCGCCUGAAGAUCUCAAAAAUUCUACGUGUGGUGCCUUAAAAGAGUUUAAGUUUCCCGUCAUCAGGUCUGGCCGUCUGGACGCCAUCGCCAUGUGGUUCGACCUCAAGUUGGACACAGAUGUUACAUUCUCUACAGCGCCAGACUCCCCGACCUGCUGGGAGCAGGCGGUCUUCCCGAUAUUACAUCAUCAUUUGGCUGCAGCAGGAGUAGGACACCGCGAAAACAUGACUGUCAAGCCUGACGACGUCGCAAUCAUCGUGUCCCAGUGCCUUGAAGACCACAUCGAACUACGCUGCUGUCACAUUCACCACCACGACCCAUCGAACGAGACCAGCAUCGACACGGACAGCAUCGAGCAGAUCACCGAAGCCUUCCUCGCAAUGAGUCCGACAAAUUACGACAAUGAAACGCACAAAUCUAUGCAUUUCUUGGAGCGUUCGGUCAUGGGGUGUCUGAAUAAUUUACGAAUGAACACGGCAUACUGCAUGGCCAUGGAGACUUUGAAAGCAAAAAAUCACGCCCGUUUACAACUUUUUGAUCUGAAUUCUGGUUUCUCACCUUUGGGAUUACAAGCCUUGAAGUUGGGGUUCUUGCACGUGUUUCUGAUGAGUGACGAACACCGAAUGCUCCUCAGUGCGAUUGCGGAGGGGAAUAAGAUCUCCAUGGAUCAAGUGACGUUCACCGGACGGAACUUUGACGAAUUGGGGAUAAACUGUGAUAUUAUCUUGAGUGAGAUCGUAGAGCCGUGUGGUGCGUUAAGGCAGCAGGUUCUGGAGGAUGUGGCCUUGGCAAGGCUCCAGUGUAUGGAUCGUGAAGGCCACGUGGUCCCGAACCAAGUGACAGCCUAUGGUAUGGUCAUUGAGUCCCAGAGCCUUCUUCAGGAUAGUCAAGUCAAGGACGGAGAUGCCACAACCCUAGGGCUCGAAGUUGCAAAAUUCAUGAACGAUUUUCAGAUGACCACGCACGUCGACAUCGACCUUCUUACGUUACCUCACACAAGACUCACCGCGCCUUUCAAGUUACUCACGCUCAACCUGAACGAGAAGUCCACCAGGAACGUACCGUCAUUUCUGGAACAGGAGAACUUGCACAAAGUGGAAGUCAUCAAAGAUGGCCGUGCCACUGCUGUCCUCUACUGGUUUGAUUUCACGCUGAUUGAUAACAUCAAGCUUUGCACGCUCGAUACGGAUUCACAUUGGAAACAGGCCGCCGUUAUGGUGAAGACGACGAAAGUCUUGAAAACUGGCGAUAAGUUGUCUGUGCGGGUGAUUCUUAAAAACAGUUGUAUCGAUAUUAAGUUAGAGUGAUGGGGUCAGAUAUGGAUGAAAUAAAAGUGAUGGACUUGGGGGUCAGAUAUGGUUGAAAUGGUUUCCAAUGUAUACUGCCAAGAAAAGUUAUAAACUUUGUUACGAAUGAUAAGAUAUUCUUGCAGGCGAUACUCAAAGUGAAUUUCGCACAAUCAAUAUAGUGGCUAUCACUGGCUUUAGUCGGUAUCAAAGUAAUAAUGCAUCUUCAAGUCUUACGUGAGUUAUUGAAUGAGAGCCUAUUGUAAGCCCUAUUGUCCACAUGUUCAUCAGGGAGAAUCUGGACAUUUGAUCUGCGCCGCACUUAUAAACAGGAAUUGAGAAUGUGUAUUUCCACCGCCCGAGAAUAUGUAGAUAGCAGGCAAAAGUGCUGGUCCUUCGAAAUUCCCUUUCAAGAAUAUAUGUACCUGUAUUGAGGGAAAUGUGGGAUUGUGAUGGUCAUGUCAGCGGGUGAAGUGUCAAAUUUCAGUGUGAAUGUGACUGAGGAACGUGUGCUGUUGACGUCCCAGAUCGUUGUGAUUAUCUCUGGGAAUCAUUUGUUAAAUUGUUCUAAUUAUUAUUAGUAGUGUGACAGUUUAAUUUAUAUCAAACAUCUUAUCAUCCAUUUCGUAUUUGGAAUUCUCUGUAACUCUGAAAACCACUGUUAGUGUUCACUGCCAAGACCUCACUGGUACAACUGGCAGGGGCGGUUCCCUUUAACAUUAAAGUAUGAAUUUAUACUUUUGAAUGUAAGUAAAUAAAAAUAAAAAUAUUUCA